AUCACAAUUCACGCGCUCUUACUCCAUGAACUUCUCUAUUCUCAUCCUAGUGUUAUAAUCUUGCAAAAUUUGGAGUGUACGAGAAAAACAUGAAAACGCCUAGUAGCUCUGUGGGUGAGACCCAAGAGCGUUUCUCGAUUAGUUUCAUAUACAGAUGCAUCAGAGUUCUCAUCAACCGAUCUAUUUCUUUCUUAUCUUAUUAGAAGAAAAAAAAUCUUAUCAAAUUUUACUUUCCUGCAAGUAUAUUUUUCUUUACAUUUUCAUUUUCUUGAGUGUUAUUUGAGUGAAGUUAUAUUAAAUUGUAAUAGAGUUCAUAUAUAUCGAAAAUGUCAAGAAAGCCAUGUUGUGUCGGAGAAGGGCUGAAGAAAGGGGCAUGGACCACCGAAGAAGACAAGAAACUCAUCUCUUACAUCCAUGAACAUGGAGAAGGGGGAUGGCGCGACAUUCCUCAAAAAGCUGGAUUGAAAAGGUGUGGAAAGAGUUGUAGACUGCGAUGGACUAACUACCUAAAACCUGAAAUCAAAAGAGGCGAGUUUAGUUCAGAGGAGGAACAGAUUAUCAUCAUGCUUCAUGCUUCUCGUGGAAACAAGUGGUCGGUCAUAGCGAGACAUUUACCUAGAAGAACAGACAAUGAGAUCAAAAACUACUGGAACACACAUCUCAAGAAGCGUUUGAUUGAACAGGGUACUGAUCCCGUGACUCACAAGCCACUAGCUUCUAAUACAAACCCUACAGUACCUGAGAAUUUGCAUUCCCUAGAUGCAUCUAGUUCCGACAAGCAAUACUCCCGGUCAAGCUCAAUGCCUACCAUGUCUUGUCCUCCUUCCUCCGGUUUCAACACGGUUUUCGAGAAUACCAGCAAAGAUGGGACACCAGUUCAUGAGGACGAUUCCUUGAGUCGCAAGAAACGUUUUAAGAAAUCAAGUUCUACAUCAAGGCUUUUGAACAAAGUUGCUGCUAAGGCCACUUCCAUGAAAGAAGCUUUGUCUGCUUCCAUGGAAGGUAGCUUGAAUGCUAAUACAAGCUUUUCCAAUAGCUUCUCUGAGCAGAUUCGCAAUGAAGAGGAUAGUUCUAAUGCAUCCCUGAUAAAUACUCUAGCUGAAUUUGAUCCCUUCCUCCAAACAACGUUGUACCCUGAGCAUGAGGUGAAUACUACUUCUGAUCUCGGUAUAGAUCAGGACUACUUCUCACAUUUUCUCGAAAAUUUCGGCAGAGAUGAUGACCACAAUGAGGAGCACUACAUGAAUCAUAACUAUGGUCAUGAUCUUCUUAUGUCCGAUGUGUCCCAAGAAGUCUCAUCAACUAGCGUUGAUGAUCAAGACAAUACUAUCGAGGGUUGGUCAAAUUAUCUUCUUGACCAUGCUGAUUUUAUACAUGACAUGGAUUAUGAUUCCCUCUGAAAGCAUCUCAUAUGAAUCUUCAUGCCCAAGCAGAAAGGUUUCAAACUUUUGAAACUUGUCAGAACAAGAAGUUAUGUAUGUAUUUUAUUAUAUGGAUUGUUUAGUAUAUGUCCAAGAUCAUGGUUGUUAGUCCCAAGUUUAGGGUUUGUAUAAUAUACAAUAAGGGACGUUAUCUUAUCAAGUUAGGGUUUCUCUCAUAUUGAGAAUCAUGCAUGGUAACCUCGCGGACACAUGUUUUUAUAAUAAAGCUUGUUUUGUUUAUCGUA